AUGGCAAAACCGGGAGAAAACAACAUGGUACCAUUCGAGGUCGGGCAAUCAAUUGCCCAAAAGAAGGCACGCUAUGGUCGCUACGUUGAUUCAAAACAGUGGUCUAAAUUUCAUGAGAUCAUGCUCCAUGACGCCCGCCUUAAUUUCUGGGAUAUCCACGGAAAUGUGGUAAUGGUCGGGAAUGACCCGCUAUCGUUCAAAUCAUGCAAAGCUUUCGUGGAUUUCUUUUCUCUGUUCUUGGCAAAUGCCGAAACCCUUCAUAUGUUCGGUCCUGGUGAUUUGGAACAGACAUCGGCGGAUGAAGUCAAGGCGAUCUGGAGUAUGGAGGACCAGAUAUAUCUCAAGUCGACCAAUCUGGUUGAGAUAAGGGGUGGAGGCUUCUAUUAUGAAACAUGGAAGCUGAAGGACGGAGAAUGGUAUCUGAAGUCUCUCGACCUGAAGAGAACUUACACCAAAAUAAGGGAUACGGACAGCGAUGGCCUAGCGAAAGCCAGAAUGUGA